AUGGACUCCGAUUUCGCGACCAAACGGUGCUGCGUUAGCCACGAGAAGCCCGAGGCCGUGGCCCGCCUUCAGGAAGGGAUCGCCGCACUCCUAUCGCGGUGGCGCGGCCUUCAACUAGCCAUCGAGAACCAAUGGGGCGGCACGGAUUCUCUCCAGAAGUCUCACCAGCUUAUCGCCGAUAUACUCUUAUGCUUCUCUUGCUCAAAAGCUAUCUAUGUUGAGGACUUGGAGAAUUUUCUCCACGAAUGCAUGCUGCUUUCUUUCAACACAGAGAUGGAGGAUGGAAGCAUUGAGGAGGUAGCAGAUCAACUCAUGAUGUUGCAUGCGGAGUACUUGCAAGGACGUCACUAA